AUGGGAGAAACCGACAAUUUACGAACUCACAAUAUGAAAGGAACGGUGGAAAACCCGAUGACGGACAUCAUUUGCUGCGAGAACACGACUCUUAAUUCAGGACAAUUCCAUCUAGCAGAGAGUGACGUUGUAUGCUUCGGCAUGGCUACGGACCUUCCUGUGACGUUAGGCUGCCCUUCCCAGUACCAAGAUCGCGAAUCGAUCGAUGUCUUAUACGACCCAUCAGAGAGCCUAGUGUUAACAAAGUCCCACCGAGCUACUAUUGGUCAGGUCAACGAUUCAAAUACUCGGCAGCUUCUCUCUGUACUUCACCAGGAGUCGGAGUUAGAGUUUCAGUUUCGGGUCAUUGUCGAACACACGACCUCUAGAAAAUAUGCAAUGAGGUCGCACGCUGCAAAUGUUUCUAAAAUAUUUAUAAGAUUGAUGGUCAUUGUGUACGGUCCUAUGCAUUUGUUCGAGGACGUGGGCGAGUUCUUUCAGACCAACGAUUGCUACCUUCAAGAGCCUCGAGACUGUGACCGAAACGUGCGGUACCGCAAUCCGCAUUGUAUUGCCGGUCUCGACGAUGAUGCGCCAUUAACUUUUGCCCUUGAGCGAGGGCAAGUUGACUGCGAGCAAGUAUCAACUCCUAGGGACCUUUUAACAGGGUUAGAAACAGACGAGUUACUACCGGAGGCUCAGGAUCCUCCCGGGCUCAUAACCCCUCUCUACAAACACCAAAGGCAAGCGCUCUCUUUUAUGCAACGGCGAGAAAAGGGCUGGGCGCUACGUGUCCCGGCGAGCGACAUCUGGAGCGUAGAGGAAUCAAAGACAGGGACCAGAGAAUAUGUCAAUAACGUUACUGGGGACAGACAGUGCAAUGCUCCCCCUGGGUUUCAAGGUGGUAUACUUGCAGAUGAUAUGGGUCUUGGAAAAACGUUGACUAUGAUUGCAUUGAUCGCAUCAGAUCGGCGCUGGAAAGAAGUGAAUACACAGAUGGAUUCCAUAUCAUCUUCUCUGCUAUCUGAAAGAGCCUCCUCAUCCAUUUGGAAAUCAUCAUUGAUCACGCCCUCGGAUGCACGUGAGCUUAAGAGUACUACUGCAACACUUCUUGUUGUUCCAUCAUCUGUCCUGCAGCAGUGGCAAACUGAACUACGACUACAUCUCCAUACCAAAGGGCGGGAUGCCGUGAGGUGGACUAUUCACCAUGGCACGUGCAAACUUCAAUCUCGAAAGCAGAUUGAAAAAUAUGCCAUCAUCAUGACAUCUUUUCAGACUCUAGCAUCAGAGUAUCGAAAACACUGCAAAAACCCCAGUGUAUUGUUCACGACCUUUUGGCAUCGUAUCGUGCUUGAUGAAGCGCACAGCAUUCGGAAUCGGCACACCAUUACUGCAUGUGCUGUAUUUGACCUGGAAGGUGCAUCUCGAUGGGCAAUCACGGGCACGCCAGUGCAGAACCGUCUAUCCGACUUCACCAGCCUACUCCAGUUUCUACGGCCGUAUCCGUAUUGCAAUCGGAAGACAUUUGAGGAAGAUAUUGUUGAUGUCUGGAAGUUGGAGGACGAGAACAUUGCAUUUGAGCGACUUAGACGUCUAUUCAAAUUUGUCAGUAUUCGGCGGUCAAAGGCCGUGCUGAAUCUACCAGAGAAGACAGACGUGAUACGGUACCUCCGGUUUAACGCUGUCGAGUCGACGGCUUAUCAAAAUCUCGAAAUACCAAUAGCCGACAUGAUAGACACGGAACUGGAAAAUGAAGAGCUUAAUUGCAGGAACUAUAUGCAGGCUCUUGUUAAAAUCAAUGUGCUAAGAAAGUUUUGCAAUUUAGGUCUUUCUGCUCAGGAACUCAGUACUAGCAACGAGAGCUCUAGAGCUACAGACAAGGAUCAGUGGAGCUCUAGCAUGGCACGAGCUAUUCUAGAGGACUUAUUGAGCUCGGGGCAAGCAGCAUGCUCAAUAUGCAACAGCGACAUUCAGUGGACCGUGGAACCAGAUCCUGCUAUGAUUGAAAGUGCUUCCAGGGCUAUGCUCAAUCAAGCGAGCAUCAAGUUUGUUAGAAUUGAUGGGAAGGUCUCCACCAAGAAUCGGGAACUAGCCUUGAAGACUUUCGAAAACGAUCCCUCGCUCCAUGUGAUGUUGCUUUCAAUUUUCUGUGGCGCAGAAGGGUGGGUACCAUUCAAUCCCUUAAGACUCACAGGUUUCCAGCGCUGA